AUGGCGAACUUCGAUCCCAACCAAUGGUACCACAUCUACUACAACCAAAAUAAGAACACGUCAUUGACGGGAAGCCAACUGUACAAUCAAACCACACAGAGCGGUACUGCAUACUUUAGAACCUACGAAGAAAAGAAUCCGGCACACCAAUGGCAGUUCUUCCCACUCAACAACAAUGGUUUCUACGCGCUAAGAUCCAAGGCUUCAGGAGCGGAGGGUUUCCUGGGUACCAAGUACUCCGAGUUGGAGGAAACACCUGGCAAGACGGUACCGUACGUAGUUAGAGGCAACAUCUCCGACGACUCUGCGUUCUGGAACGUCGGCACCUGGAAGGAUGGGACCUUUUUCCUUUCCAACAAGGCGAACAAAACGGCGUACCACCUCACAAGGAAGAAAGACAGCCUUGGCGCGAUGACUUCGAACAUUUCGGCCGACGACCCACUACCAGGCCAGCACUUUUCCUUCCAACCUCUCUCUGCCAUUAAUGAUAAUGCAUUCUCCACUGUCUCACUUCCUUCUGCAACCUCAACAAUCGCCGCAACCAGCUCGCCCGGCUCAACAGGCAACCCAAGCAAUCCCUCCGGCGGUCUGUCCAAAGGUGCAAAAGCUGGCAUCGGCGUCGGCGUAGCUCUCGCCGUGCUUAUCCUGCUGGUGGUUGGUGGCCUCUUCCUCUGGAAACGACACAGACGAAACCAAGCGGCGCAUACCCCAAGAGAGCUUGAAAGCGAUAAACAGCCUGCUGAGAGCGCGGCUGCGCCGAGGUACGAGCUACCGCAGAGUGAAACGAUCAAGUACGAGGCGUAUGGCACGCCGCAUGCGGAGCUGCACCACGAUCCAAGACCGGUGGAGCUGCCGGGGGAGAUACCUACUACGCGGAAUGAGGGCUGA